AAUUCCCAGUUGGCUUCCUAUUUGGUGACCAUUGACUCAUCCUCCUCCAUUCCCUCUACCCUCCUUCUUCACUCCACCUCUCUUCCAACUAUAUUUGCCUUCAAUGCUUCCCCCCCGGCCUCUGUAAUAUAUAUACGCAUAGACACGCACAUAGUCAUCCUACAAUGACUUCCCCACAAUAAUACUCUGUGUUCUGCUUCUCAUACUCACGCCUAACUCUUCAAUGGCUAUUUCUGCUCCUUUCUCUACUUGGCCUUGGAACAAUCUGGGCGCCUUCAAGUAUCUGCUAUACGGGCCUUUGGUGACCAAAAUCCUGCACGAGAGAUUCUAUGAGCGAAGCUACCAUUUCAGCUGGUGCUUCUACCUCCUCCUUCUCUACGUUCUCAGAGGUUUAACUUAUUUGUUCUGGAAUUCUUACACCAACAUGCUCUUUCUCACUCGAAACCGUCGGAUUCUUCAGCAAGGGGUUGAUUUCAAGCAGAUUGACGCAGAAUGGGACUGGGAUAAUUUCUUGAUCCUUCAAACUUUGAUCGGUGCCUUGGCCUGCUGUUGCUUCCCGCUUCUUCAUGAUCUGCCGCUCUGGAACGCGAAGGGUCUUCUUGUUGCUCUGGUUCUUCAUGUGGGAAUCUCAGAGCCGCUCUAUUACUGGGUUCAUAGGAAGUUCCAUGAGGGCUAUCUCUUCGAUCAUUAUCAUUCGCUUCAUCACUCAGCUUCGGUGCCACAGUCGAUCACAGCUGGGAAUGCGACGCCAUUGGAGCAUCUAAUUUUAACAGCAAUAAUCGGAAUUCCGAUCGCCGGGGCUUGCUUGUUAGGAUUAGGAUCUGGAGUAUUGAUAUACGCAUACGUGUUGGGUGUUGAUUUCCUCAGAUCCAUGGGCCAUAGCAACGUCGAAAUUAUCCCCCACCGGCUGUUCGACGUGUUUCCUUUUCUAAGAUAUGUGAUCUACACGCCCACAUACCACAGCCUGCACCAUACUGAUAAAGACACUAACUUCUGCCUCUUCAUGCCCCUCUUUGACGCACUAGGCAACACCCUCAACAGCAAAUCAUGGCAAUUACAUAAAGAAAUAAGUUUGAAUUCAAGGAAAAAUAGCAGGGUACCUGAUUUUGUGUUCCUGGCCCAUAUAGUGGAUGUCUCAUCCUGCAUGCACGUUCAAUUCGCUCUUCGCACCUUUACUUCUAUACCAUACAGAUUUAGGUUCUUCUUGAUCCCAUUUUGGCCAAUUGCCUUGACAUCUUUGAUACUAAUGUGGCUUUGGUCUAAGACCUUCUUAGUCACUUUUUACAACCUACGAGGUCGUUUGCACCAAACGUGGGCUGUCCCAAGGUUUGGCUUUCAGUAUUUCUUGCCAUUUGCUGCUGAUGGAAUCAAUAAGCAAAUAGAGAAUGCCAUCCUCAGGGCUGAUAGGAUUGGGGUUAAAGUCAUCAGCCUGGCUGCGUUGAACAAGAAUGAAGCUCUAAAUGGGGGAGGGAAGCUUUUUGUGGACAAGCUUCCAAACCUUAGAGUCAGAGUUGUUCAUGGAAACACCUUAACAGCCGCGGUGAUACUAAAUGAAAUACCAAAAGAUGUGGAAGAAGUGUUUCUAACAGGAGCUACUUCCAAACUUGGAAGAGCUAUUGCCCUUUACCUUUGCAGGAGGAAGAUCAGAGUACUGAUGUUAACUCUUUCAGCUGAUAGAUUCCAGAAGAUCCAAAAGGAAGCUCCUCCAGAAUACCAGAGCUACCUUGUCCAAGUCACAAAAUAUCAAGCAGCACAAAACUGCAAGACUUGGAUUGUGGGUAAGUGGAUUACAUAUAGAGAGCAGAACUGGGCUCCAAAAGGAGCACAUUUCCAUCAAUUUGUUGUGCCUCCCAUCUUACCUUUUAGAAGAGACUGCACUUACGGUGAUUUAGCCGCCAUGAGAUUACCAGAGGAUGUGGAAGGCCUUGGCUGUUGCGAGUAUACAAUGGAGAGGGGAGUGGUGCAUGCAUGCCAUGCAGGAGGGGUGGUGCACAGUCUGGAAGGAUGGAACCAUCACGAAGUUGGAGCCAUCGACGUUGAUCGGAUCGAUCUUGUUUGGAAAGCUGCUCUCAAACACGGUCUCCGCCCUGUUUCUUCUCCCUCCUCCUCUUCUCUCCUCAGUUAAUUCUUUUCUGUUUUGGUUCGAUCUUUUCAAAAAACUGUAUAUUUAUCUUUCCUGCAUACAGAUUUUGAGAGGAUCCCAUUCGGGUCAAAAUCCUUCUAUGUAUUAAUUUAAUUAUCAUCGUAGAAGAACAAGACCUCACCAUGACGACGACGACGAAACCCAAUAAUAAACUUAUUUCCUUGUAUUCCUUUUCUUGUAAAAUUGGUCAUUCAAAUGUGAUUCAAAUUUGUUUCCACUCAUUA